GCUCAACGGCGCGUGCGCAGAGGGAGGCAGGCGCGUGGGCUGGCGGCGGUGGACUCGUCGGAGCCGCGGGCGGUCAGUUGGCAGCCUUGUUUAAUAAACUGAUCUGCGUUGCCAGCUCUGGGAAGAACACAGACGUCCCUGUGCAUUGUAAGCAGGAAUUUGACCCUCUAGGGCAUGAAUACUGUGCUGUUCAGUUCUGAGCUGUGCUAGCAGUACCCUUCAAAGGAAGAGCAAUGGCUGCAGCAGCAGCUUCUCACCUGAACUUGGAUGCCCUCCGGGAAGUGCUAGAAUGCCCCAUCUGCAUGGAGUCCUUCACAGAAGAGCAGCUGCGUCCCAAGCUCCUGCACUGUGGCCAUACCAUCUGCCGCCAGUGCCUGGAGAAGCUAUUGGCCAGUAGCAUCAAUGGUGUCCGCUGUCCCUUUUGCAGCAAGAUUACCCGCAUAACCAGCUUGACCCAGCUGACAGACAAUCUGACAGUGCUAAAGAUCAUUGAUACAGCUGGGCUCAGUGAGGCUGUGGGGCUGCUCAUGUGUCGGUCCUGUGGGCGGCGUCUGCCCCGGCAAUUCUGCCGGAGCUGUGGUUUGGUGUUAUGUGAGCCCUGCCGGGAGGCAGACCAUCAGCCUCCUGGCCACUGUACACUCCCUGUCAAAGAAGCAGCUGAGGAGCGGCGUCGGGACUUUGGAGAGAAGUUAACUCGUCUGCGGGAACUUAUGGGGGAGCUGCAGCGGCGGAAGGCAGCCUUGGAAGGUGUCUCCAAGGACCUUCAGGCAAGGUAUAAAGCAGUUCUCCAGGAGUAUGGGCACGAGGAGCGCAGGGUCCAGGAUGAGCUGGCUCGCUCUCGGAAGUUCUUCACAGGCUCUUUGGCUGAAGUUGAGAAGUCCAAUAGUCAAGUGGUAGAGGAGCAGAGUUACCUACUUAACAUUGCAGAGGUGCAGGCUGUGUCUCGCUGUGACUACUUCCUGGCCAAGAUCAAGCAGGCAGAUGUAGCACUACUGGAGGAGACAGCUGAUGAGGAGGAGCCAGAGCUCACUGCCAGCUUGCCUCGGGAGCUCACCCUGCAAGAUGUGGAGCUCCUUAAGGUAGGUCAUGUUGGCCCCCUCCAAAUUGGGCAAGCUGUUAAGAAGCCCCGGACAGUUAACAUGGAAGAUUCCUGGGCCAUGGAGGCCGCAGCCUCUGCUGCCUCUACCUCUGUUACUUUUAGAGAGAUGGACAUGAGCCCGGAGGAAGUGGUUGCCAGCCCUAGGGCCUCACCUGCUAAACAGCGGGGUCCUGAGGCAGCCUCCAAUAUCCAGCAGUGCCUCUUUCUCAAGAAGAUGGGGGCCAAAGGCAGCACUCCAGGAAUGUUCAAUCUUCCAGUCAGUCUCUACGUGACCAGUCAAGGUGAAGUGCUAGUCGCUGACCGUGGUAACUAUCGUAUACAAGUCUUUACCCGCAAAGGCUUUUUGAAGGAAAUCCGCCGCAGCCCCAGUGGCAUUGAUAGCUUUGUACUAAGCUUCCUUGGGGCAGAUCUACCCAACCUCACUCCUCUCUCAGUGGCAAUGAACUGCCAGGGGCUGAUUGGUGUGACUGACAGCUAUGAUAACUCCCUCAAGGUAUAUACCUUGGAUGGCCACUGCGUGGCCUGUCACAGGAGCCAGCUGAGCAAACCAUGGGGUAUCACAGCCCUGCCAUCUGGCCAGUUUGUAGUAACCGAUGUGGAAGGUGGAAAGCUUUGGUGUUUCACAGUUGAUCGAGGAUCAGGGGUGGUCAAAUACACCUGCCUGUGUAGUGCUGUGCGGCCCAAAUUUGUCACCUGUGAUGCUGAGGGCACCGUCUACUUCACCCAGGGCUUAGGCCUCAAUCUGGAGAAUCGGCAGAAUGAGCACCACCUGGAGGGUGGCUUUUCCAUUGGCUCUGUAGGCCCUGAUGGGCAGCUGGGUCGCCAGAUUAGCCACUUCUUCUCGGAGAAUGAGGAUUUCCGCUGCAUUGCUGGCAUGUGUGUGGAUGCUCGUGGUGAUCUCAUCGUGGCUGACAGUAGUCGCAAGGAAAUUCUCCAUUUUCCUAAGGGUGGGGGCUAUAGUGUCCUUAUUCGAGAGGGACUUACCUGUCCGGUGGGCAUAGCCCUCACUCCUAAGGGGCAGCUGCUGGUCUUGGACUGUUGGGAUCAUUGCAUCAAGAUCUACAGCUACCAUCUGAGAAGAUAUUCCACCCCAUAGGGGAUGAGAAAUAAUCAGUUUCUUCUGCUCCCGAGCCAACUCCCCUUCCCUUAGUUCUUGGUUGUUAGUGGCACAUGCAGAAUAGACUUGGCCUAUGUCCUGAUUCCAGCUGGGUAGUUCUAGAACUUUAGAAGCUCUAUCUUUUAAUGUUUUUAUUUGUUAUUUCCCCCUCCCCGCUUCCCACCUAAAUUUAGAGCUUUAAAAGAUGCACUGUCCAAAUAGGACACACGAUGGUGUUAGCUGAAGUUUGAUUAGCAAUUAGGCACUUCCAAGGCUUUAGUAGAGAGAGCCACUUUAGCUCUUUGUGCCAUGUUUGAAAUUUGCCCUUGUAUUAAAUCCUUGAUUUUUUCCCGUUUGGCUUUGAUGCCCUUGAUCCAUUGUUUCCUUCCUAUUGUAAUGUGCUUCAUCUGUGACACUUUCUCUUCAACUCUGAUUGGAUUCACUGUGCAUGCUUCAGUGGGAUCUGCUCCACCUUUCAGUGACAUUUAAGACAUCAUAUUCGUGUAACAUUAUGUCUCAGUCUGAUCGUCUUUACCAGUAUGAAAGUCAUUCAUUUAGUGCUACCAAAGGGGAUACACAGGCCCUUUAGGAAGCAGUACCUCUCGCCUGGAGGAUCUGUGCCAUCUUGGAUUGAGAAUUGCAGAUGUGACAGAAUGGAUUGACCCUAGUUGGUUGGUAUUGACGACUUCAGCCUGGAAAUUGCUUGCCUUUUAAAGAAGCAUAUAUGGGUUGGAAUUAUGCCAAAGCAUAGGAAGCUGGGAAUAAGCAAACAAAUGCUGAUAUAGUCAGCAAAUUUGGAUAGUCUCUAGGGCUCAUCAUUUUUCAUACUACCUCUCUCUUCUGGCCUGUGUCUAAGGAAUUGUACAACAUAGGCCAGGGCCAACAAAGUGGAGAGGUGGACACAUUUUCAUGUUCAUUACUAAAACAAACAGCAAAACUAUUGGUUUGUUAUUCUGUAUUUUCCUCAAGUGAGUACAUACUAUUUGGUGUCAGGAUUUCUUUCCAUUUCUCUAUCAAGCAUUAAAUAAUUGAGAACUGUUUCUUCAUCACUGGUGUUCACGUAUUUUAAUUAAAUACGGAAUUUUGGAGAUGAUAAGGGAUAACCUGCGCUAUGCCAUUUUGCUUCCUUAUCUCACUGUGUUCUUUCAGAGUGUAGGUAUCUACUCAGGUCAAAAUUCAGCCAAAAGCACUACUAUGUAAAGAUAAUAAUCCAAAUCUUUCUCCCAAAUAUAUGUGUACAGAAUCAUCCCCCAAGGUUUAGAGUCACCAAUACCCUCUUCUAAAUUGAGCUUCUGCUAUAUAUUUUAUGUUUAUAAUUACAGCUCACAAAAAGGAAGUUAGUCUUGUUUUUAAGAUCAGAAGUGGGUGAGAGAACCUGUGAUGAGGUUCCUGAGGGUUUGUUGUUUACUAAGUAAUAUAUCUUACUCUAGGUGCAGGGCUGAUGGCAAGCCAAAGAGCAACUCCCUUACUUUCAUGUAAACAAAAUUUGCUAAACUGAGCUGCUCAAAAUUGUUUUUAUGGUAGUAGUGUUUCUUUGGCUUGUAUCGUAAUAGCUGCCAAAGGAUAGGUGAAGAGGUCAUUAAAAUGAUGUUGAACUAGUUUGUCUUGUUCUUUUAAUCUGGAGAAAGCCCCAUAUUCUGAUUAUGAAAUUGCAUCUGAUUUUCAAAGAUUGGGUAAUUGAGAGGAAAUUGAUCCAAUUAAAAGUGCAUCACAAAUGACUCCACUAGUUAUUAGAGCCACUUUAUCUGUGGGGGCACCCAGCAGCAGGAGAUCUGUCUUUGCUGUCAGUGGGGGACUUGCUGAGGCAAUAACAGCGGCUCAAGCCUUUGGCACACGGUUUGCAGUGGAGAGAUAAAUAUAAUAUUGUGGGCGGGCUGGAGGUAAAUGAGGCCAGGAAUCCUCCAGCUGUCCAUGCUUUUGAAAGAGUGACAUUCAGCAUUUAGAUCUCUACCCAUCUAAACCAGUCAUGCCUUUUCCCUCAAGUAAAGCAGGUAUCUGUUGGCUCAAAAUGGAAGUGUAAUCUGAGUCUUUUUCCUUUUUCCCCUUUGAUGUGAAUAUUUUAGGCUGUGCUUAGUACAGUCAGUGUUUAAUUAUCUGCCGUGUUGACUAAAUUGCAGACUAGGGCCCCAAGAAACUAAUUUGUUCAAUUACAGCAGAUUUUUUUUGCUUUGUUUUUUAAAGCAGCAGUACCCUUGUCCAAAUAAAGUCUUAUAUGGAAGUCUAUCAUGUAAAAUAGAUCAAAGAGCAGCUGCUCUAGUUGAAGCAGGUUUGUGCCGCUGAAGAAUAUGCUGUUUCCUCCCUUUACCUUACCUCCUGUGCUACCACUGCAAAACUUGUAAAUUUACAGAAUACUUUUCUGAAAACCACUGAACUACAGCAUUGCUUACCUUAUAGUUCUGUCUUAUUAGUCAUGUGGCCUUGGGCAAGUCAUUUAACUCUUCCUCUUCUGGAAAAUAACAAAAAUGAUCCCUGCCUCCUAGAAGGGUAUGAGAUAACAGAUGUGAAAAUAACCUGGUUUCAUUCCUGGAAUAUUCAAUAAAUGAUGGCUGUUAUUCUUUUAUCUCGUUGCUCAAAAGAGCACCUGAUGGUGGGAAGUGGUCCAACCAUGCUAAACAGUUCCUUUCUUCUUGCUUAACAGGUUUCUAUUUGGUGAUUAAAACCUUUCUCAGGCAUUUCUUUCCCCUCACGAGUCUCCAAAUAUAUCGAGUUCAUCUCUUCCUUUCUACUGUCUAUUUCAUAUUCCUAUUAUAUAAAUCACUGUGUUGCAAUUAUCUGUCCAUAUAUUUCAGCUUUAUUGAGGGCUAACUAAUCUAGCUACCAGCAUGUAACAUGGUGCCUAGUAUAGAAUAUGUUCUCAGUUAUUUAAUUGGUUCUGGUAUUUACCUGACUUCAUGGGACUCCAGUAACCUGAGUCUUCCUAUUGUAGCCCCCUUAGAUUAGAUAAAAAGGGAUACUCAGACAAGCCCUUUUAUAAGGUAUUUAAAAGCUAGUGGCAAACAGUUGACUUAGAGGUUGGUUAAGCCCCUCCUCCCUUUAUCAUUCUGAGUGGUUACAUAGAAUUUAAGGUUUUGGAGCAAUGAUUCAUUCAAUAUUUAUUAACUACCUACUGUGGGCCAGUGUACACUCCAGUCUUGAGUCUGUAGAGGGGCACUCUUAUUCCAAUCAGUAGAAUAAAUGUGGCUUGAGCUUUACAGUGUUCCUCUAGGUAAGGCAACUAAUGCUUAAGUAGUUGUACUUUUAAUCUAGUGCUAAUUAAUGGCCUCUUAAAAGUGAAGUGUUACUCUACUCUGUAGGAGGGAAGUGGGAGAACCUAGUAUGAGACUCAGGUCUGCACCCUGCACUUGACUAGGAUGCUGAUUUGCACUCAGGACAUGCAGCCCUUCAAGGCAUCUCAAAUUACAGAUAUGAAACAACAGAUGUCUGGAUGAAUUUUACAAGCAGGGCAACAGUGAGGUAGAAGGCUGUGUAGCAAAAUAUACACUUAGACUCCAGACCUAUGGCUUUAUCUUGUCAAUAUCAUUAAUAUUCAUGGGACCCAAGCUAAGGCUGAAGUUAGUGAGCCAGCUCUGGGUCUGGCAAUGUACUCUAGUGAGAAGAUCACUGGACUUGAAGUCAGGCUUCUGUCUGAAUCACAGCUCUGCAUUUUAACUAGCUGUGUGACCUCAGGUGAUCACCAUACCUCUAAGCCUCAAUUUCCCUAUCUGUUAAUUUAAAUAAGGGUGUUGGUCUGUCACCAAAAUCCCCUCUAGCUCUAUGAUUUUAAUUAAUUUGUUAACCAAUGGAAUUGUUGAGUGCCCCCCAAUGUUUUUGCAUAAUCUUUGUUAUAAUUGUGUUUUGUUUACAUUAGAAUAGUAGAACAACAACAUCAACAAAAACCCCGAAUCAUCCCCAACUUGAUAUAAUUACUUUUCUACCCCAGCUGUUGUGACUUUGUGUCACUUAGCUAUUGUCACCCUGCUGAGCUAGAGUUUUCCUUUGUAAAAGAAAAUGAAUGACAGUUUAUGUUUUAAAGGGCUGUUGUGAGAAUUAAAAUAUAUAAAUGGGAUAGUAUAUGUAAAAGUACCUAAUUCAGAAAACGUGUGACUUCCAUUGUAGGGGGCAAAAGCAUCCUUCCCUCCAUGGUGAGCUGAUACACAUUCAAGUGAAAGCCAAGGGAGAUUUUCAGACCUGUAUUGGUGAUGCGAUACCAUGUUCAGCACUUCUUUCUCUUAAUUGAAAAGCCUAUUGGAGGAAGAGUGGGAUUGCUGGAGGGGCAGAAGCAAUACUCAUUCACAGCAAUGUAUCCCAUUAGGAAAGCUGUAAAUAAAUCCUAAAGUCUAAUCAUUUGAUUAAAGUAAUUAAGAUGGUAUCUUGACUCUUGAGGGGUAAAUAGAGCCAAGAUUUUUUAAAAGAUGAUAUAUAUAUGCACUAAUAGGUAGUACAUACCUCUAAGUAUAUACACACAUGCACAUGUAGAGAUGAAAAUUUUUUUAAAACCUUAGAAACAUGCAUGUUUAGCUAUUUCUUUAGAUGGCUAGCUUCAAAUAAUUUUUUCUCUAGGUCAACAUUUAUUAACUCAAAUAAUUAUAAAAAUAAAAGUAAGCCACAAAUAUCCCUGUUAAGUGGUUAAAGCUUGAGCUUUGUAAGCAAGGAGUCCUGAGUUUAGUCCUGUUUUCCUCAAUUAUUAGCUCUAUGAUCAUUAAGUCACUUAACCUCUCAAUCUGUUUUCUCAUUAGUAAUGACUGUUUCACAUUUUAUUGCAGUAUUGUGAAGAGAUGAUGGAUAUAUAAAUGCCUUUUAGCAGACUAAAAAGCAUUUUUGAAAUUACAGUAAACCAAAUAUAUCUGAAAUUACCUCAUUUUUGUGAUAUAAAGAUGAUAUGAAACUGGUAAGGGAAAGUCUAACCCCUGCACCCCAAAGGAAAAUUAUUUACUAACUCACUGAAAUCUUGAUUGAAACCAUGAAGAGUGUGUGAAUGUAUAUAAGUCAAAUGCAUGUUUUCCCUAUACAGAUAAAACCAGGAUUUUCUUUUGGUGAUUUACCCAGUUUACCUGGUUAUAACUAUAAUGGCAUUGCAUAUUGUGAAAGAAUAUCAAAACCUGAGAUUCCAUUUAUUCACUCACUUAUUAAACAUAUAUAAGACAUCUACCCUUUAUUAUUAUUAGCAAUACUUAAUAUGAGUAAUGAAUGCAAAGAAAAUCAGUCACGAAUUUUGCAGUCAAGUAGCUUGUGGUCUGGCUGCAGAGAUAAGGUAUGUAAACAAAUAAUAAAAAAUACAAGAGAGUAAGAUAAAUGGUAACAGGAUAGAAAUGGAGUGCCAAGUGUUUGAAUAAAGACUGCUGAGAAGAUCUGGUUGCUGAAGGGCCUUAAAAGUAAAGGGAAUAUCGUGAACAAAGGUAUGAGGUUAGGAUGAAGAGUGAGAACUUGGUGCCAGAAGUUAAAACCACCCCACAAUGAGGGCAUAUUAAAGAAAUUCAAAGGUCUAAAGUGGUUAAGUAAUAAUUCAAAUGGUUCUUUUUUUUCUGCCCUAGUUUAUAUGACUUACUGCCAACAGUACCCAUGGCUCAGUGAGGCUUCAUACUUAUAGAGGUGGUAGGGUAUGGAUCAGAAUCUCCUUUGAGUCCUGAGGAUGGAGGGCAAAGGCAUAGUUUGAAAAUGCAUACCCUCUUCAGUAUUCUAAUCUCUCUCCUGAUGGGGAAUCACUGGUUGACAUUGUCUCAGAAAUACAUUUUCUGUCCUUUUAAAAAUUCUGAAAUAAUAUCGAAUUUUUCUCCCCUCAGAAGCCUACGCCAAAUAAGUGCUGUAAUCUUAGUACAACUUUGUAGUACAGUCGGACUCAUUUGUUGAUGUCUGACUGGCUGAGUUUUUCAAACCUAUUAUUCCCCCUUCUGCCCCAUAUCUGGACAUGCCAGUAAGAAAGCUCAAAUGCUUCCACCUUUGUGGCUGGUGGAAGUUCAAACCACCUAAGAAUCCUCACUGCAGCCCUACCUCCAAGCCACUAGGAAAAGCCAGGCUCCUCUACUUUCCCUGCUCAAGCCAUUUCUGGACCUGCUUGAGAACUCGCUGCUCUCUGUAAAAGCCUCGUGUGAGUGAUAAAUCUUUUCAUAUCUAUUUGGUCCUAAUGUAAUAUCAGUCUUAACACCUAAACCAAGUUUUGGGUAAGGGGUUCAACCUCUCCUCUGUGGGAUGACUAAACACUUUAUGCAACAAGCAGAGGGUCUAGGAGAUGACCACUACCACUGCAGGGCUUUCCUCUUGCUUUAGUUUGCUAACGGACUCUUGCUGGCUAUUAUUUUUCUUUUUUCUUUUUUUUUUUUGUCACUGCUGGCAAGCUCAUGCUUUGUGCUGUGCUGCUUUGUACUGCGUUCACUGAGCCUUACCAAGCUUCUGUUAUAGAUGUGCUCAGCUAAGUUGGAAUUUUUGAUAAUUCGCAUUUAAGAACAAGAAUAAAGUGGCCCUGGGUCAUGUGUCUUGGUCGAUA